CAUCAGUAAUGCUUGUGUCUUUAAUCAUUUUCGACAGCUGGACUCGACGGUCAGGAAGGAAUGUGUAGCCCCUGCUCUAGUCUCAAAAAUCACCCGAUCACAUGCAAAACUUGCAAAAGCGAACGCAGUUUUCCCACUUAACAGAUAUAUAAGCUUCUGGCUGUACUACAGAGAUUACUUUGAAAGCAAAAUCGGACUGUAGGAAGGCAGGAAUUGUAAUUUCAUCUAUUCGACUUUCUAUUUUAUGUACGUGAGUGGCGCCGAGUGAUGCAUUUCUAGCGGGAAUACUUGCGCUUCAGAGCUACCUACCAAAUCGAAAAACACAGGGAUUAGAAGAAAAACUUAAGAAGAAGCGAACAAGCCUUUAUUCUUAGUAAAGGAGUAUGUACUGACACUAAUAAGCAAUCAUGUGCCCUAUCACUGAACCAACCAGAUGCAAGGAGCCGCCAAGGAAACGCUUCCGGACACACAAGGACAUAAAUCAUUUUCUUCAAAAGACUGAGGAGAUAGAAAUAGUUGAUGCCUCUCCAAAACAUUUGCUGUCUGAAACUCCAGAAGACCAAGAUGCAGAAUAUGAAACACAAUCUCUUGCCCCACAAGGUGUUUAUACAGAAGAGACUUUGAAUGAGAGUGAAGUCAACGAUGAUCUAGAGGAGAGAGAAUCAACAGGAACACCUGAUAAUGUUGACGAGAGGUAUUCAAUCAAGAAAAACAAACCAUUCAUGUGUGAGAGAUGUGACGAGGAAUUUGAUGGGAUGGCAUCAUGGCGCCAGCACUGCAGAAACUUACAUGGUGACCAGAAGUACUACAAAUGUAACGUCUGUGGCAAGCUGUUUAGUCACCCAAGCAGUAGAAACAUUCACCUGAGACUGCACUCUGGCGAGAAACCAUAUGAGUGUACAACAUGUGGAAAGCGCUUCAGGGUGUCUUCACACCUCAAAGACCACAUCAGAGUCCAUACUGGUGAGCGCCCCUAUGUGUGUGACAUCUGUCAGAAAGGCUUCAAGCAGUCCAGUGACCUAAAAAAGCACCGCCGCACACACACUCUGGACAAGCCCUUCAAGUGCCCUUUCUGCGCUUCAGCAUUCACACGCUCUCAUCACUGCAGGGGGCACAUAAACUCCGUACAUAAGUUCUUCAGAUGUGCCAUCUGUAGUGCCAUGUUCACGACCGAAGAGGCAUUCUCCAAGCACAAGGAGAUGCACCCUGAAGGGGAGGCGAAUAAAGAGGAGGAUGUUCUGAAUGGUGAAGGCAUCAACACAAAACAAGUGCAGCAACACCCGACGUCAACCAAAAAUCACCAGCCUGCGCAAGGUGUCCCUCCCGAGAAGACAGAAGAUUCCUUGCAAGUCUGUCAUGAUGCCUGCACACCUUACCCACCAGAGGCAAGGCCUGGCAAGACAGUCUAUGCUUCAAGCCAUUCACAUGAAAGUAUGGUUUUAGCUGAGUUCAUGGCUAAAAUGGCAGCCUGUAGAUCUGCCCAUGAUCGCAACAUUACAUCAAGAAAAGACGCCCUACUAAAGAAACCUGAGGCUUCUUCUCUGCAAUAUGAAAACAUACCACACCAGUCUGCUCGGAAAGAGGAAGAGAACCCACAAAGACUAGAAAGUGAACCUCUUCUUUUUCGACCUCCACUCAGACGCUAUUCACUGCAAGACCAUCAGCGCCAUUUUAAAGUCAUGAAGACCCAACAGUGGCUCGAGACAGAAGGUGAGCCAAAUACAUUGGGUCAGGACUACAGAAGGCAGAGAACAGCUCCAGGGGUCCACCCACAAGAUGAUGAAGAUGGCACAAGAAGAGAAGAGGCAGUGAACAGAGAGAUCCUUGAGGUUCAACUGAAAGAGCGUCCUGCCUCCUCGCCCCUUCCUCAGAGCCAGUCCACCCAAGUGUGCCAUAGGGUGUCUGUCAUCCAGUAUCACUCCAGCUCUCUUCAAGUGUCAAACCAGGAGAGACGUACUAGUGCAAGUGGCCCCAAGUCAAGGGACAGAAUGUGUGACAAUAGUCUGGAAAAAGAUGACAAGCCCUGUGAUGAUCCACCCAAGGAAGAAAGUGAGCUCUGUGAUGACCCACCCAAGGUAAAAGGUGAGCUCUGUGAUGACACACCAAAGGUAGAUAAUGAGCUUGGUAAUGACCCACCCAAGGUAGAGGGUGAGCUCUGUGAUGAUCCACCUAAAAGUGAUAAGCUUUGCAAUGACCCACCUAAUCAAAAUAAGGUCUGUGACAAACGCAAAGGUGACAUCCAGCUGUGUGACACCCCAUCCAAGCGACAAGAAGAGCAAGGCAGUGAUACACUCGAGGAGAAGGCUGAAAGUACUGAUAGUAAAUUGAAAGGAACACCUCUAAUGAGUGGCUAUAAUGAGCCUUUUGUACCAGCAAACGACAGGGCUUUUACGGAGCAUUUGCAUCUGGCCCCAAUACACAUUAGCCCAUAUGGGUCUUAUGGUGUUUCAAGGCAGUUCAUAAAGCAGCCAUUCGGCUUCCAACGUCAUCUUCCAGAUGGGCCCUUCCCAAUGUACACUCCAGGGAUGCCCCUGCCCCCACACAGGGGCUUUAUGGACACUAUGUAUAUGGUCCCUCACCAGACUAUGUACUACAAGGAUGAAGAGCUCAAGCGUGAGUUCCUUUCUGCAAGGUACACCAGGUUACCCAGUGAUGACCGCUCACAGCGGCCAACACCCGCCAACUCUGUGGAAGGUUCACUUGAAGACAGGGACGAGCAGAGUGAUGGUGAGAGUGUGGAAAUCAAAACAGAGGAGGAAGAGAGCAUGGAUGAUAAGUCAAGGUUCAUUGACAUCGCUCCUAAACCAUUGCAGAAGCGCAGUAGAGGAGGGGUGCACAAGGAGUCUGAUGAGGCUGACAAACCACACCGCUGCCCAGUCUGCAAGAAAUGCUUCUCUCGUGCCAGUCUCCUUAAACAGCACUCAGUCAUUCACCAAGGCAACAAGAGAUUCAAGUUCAAGUGUGAUGUGUGUGAUAAGAUGUUCCGUACUCGCAGCCAUCUGCGUGAUCAUGUACGCAUCCACACAGGGGAACGUCCAUUCAAGUGCCAUAUUUGCUCGCGUGCCUUCAAGCAGUCAAGUGACUUGAAGAAGCACAUCAACCUGCACACAGGGGCCAACCAGUUCAAGUGCGAGGAGUGCAACCUGGAGUUCCGCAGAGCAGAUGCACUCCGCAAACACAGACUAGGGCACUCAGAUGAGAGCACAUUCGGGUGUGAGCAGUGUGGCAGAGUUUUCCAGCACAUCAGUGCCCUACGACAACACCGGACUAUGCACUCAGGCCAGUCAACAAAACCUAUGCGCUCGAUCUUCCGCUGUAACUACUGCUUCAAGACAUUCUCUAAGGAAGAGAGCUACCGCUCUCACUGUGAAGAGCACAAGCAGCAACGUGAGGGCAUCUCCCAUGGCUCGCUGCUUAAUUGCACUAUCUGCUGUACACAGCUGUCCUGUGAGGGAGACUUGCGUGAUCACAUGAACAUUCACACCGGUAACAAACCAUACAAGUGCUUCGCUUGCGGCAAAGAAUUCUGCAUUGCAAUUCACCUGCAAGAGCACCUCAAGAUCCAUGCCGAUAUGAUGGCACAUGCUCAGGGUUAACUUAUGCACGGUACUUCUCCUUACUAUGGUAUACCCUGAUAUGGCCAUGGAUCAGUAUAUUGUGCAUAGAAUCACGUGAUCACUGAUGGUUGAGAGAAUUUGUGAAAUGGAUCAUUCUCGGGAAUCGUUUUCCAACAAGGUUAUAUGCAGAGAAAAUACAAGUCCUCUCCAUUAGUAGGCUGCCUAUGCUAGCAUAAAUGCUGGAGUGACCGUCCACUUAUAAUGCUGGCAGACCUCAAGCAGGUGAAACGGAAAGUGGUUAGUGGGUGCCAAAGGUCUGAGCAGGUUCUCAGAGCUUAUUCGUAGCGUAAAUAUUGAUAUGUUGAAAUUUACAUAGCAUAGUAAUUAUAGUACAUUGAAGAGGCUCACAAGGUACAGUGAUGUAUGUGUGAUUGAAUUUUUGUGAAGUAAGGGCAGUGUUUUAUAGAUAGCUAUUCCUGGAAAUUUAUAGAAAAAAUAUCGUGGCUGUGUACAGUGAAGGUGAAUGAUUUUAUUGUUCUUUAAAGUCAAAACAAUGGUUCCAUACGCUAGAACACGCAAUAGAUGACUAAGGAAUCACGUUGAGAAAAAAUUAAUUAUUUCAAAGAAAGUAAUCCCUUUCUGACUUUCUGGGUUAUACGUAAGCGCUAAUUUAAAUAGCGCUUAAUAAGUUAAUUUUUGUUGUUAUUUUGCCGCCAAAAGGCUGAGCGCGCGCGAGUUUUCCACUAAAAAAGUCACGUGAUUUUUUAUAGCAAGGUUGCGUAUUGAUUCAAACGUUUUUUACAUCAAAAUUGGGGUGUGAGUGACUAGCGAACUUAGCGUGAGUAACAAUAUGUGUGGGGGCGAAUGUUGUCAUUGCACAUAGUUGACUCUAAAACCUUGUAAACCCGUUUACUCCUAGACCGCCCCUAGUCGCACGUGUUCUCAGGCCAAUAAAGUAAAAAGAAAAACAAAUCAGGAAUGAGUUAGAGAACCUGUCAUAGUUGAUUGAGUUUAAGGGCACGUUUUUUUCCUAUCAUCCUAGAAUGGUAUUCGAGUCAUUCUGCUACAGGUAGCAAAAUGGGUGGAAUGGCCUUCAUUCCAUUCCGGAAUGGGAACGCGGGAUGACCAUUCUCAUUCCGGAAUCACGAGUAAAAAAAAUACGUACCCUAAGAUAGUGUAUAUAAAAACAAUUCCUUCCGGGCGCUUGCUCUCACCAGGCUUGUUUAGUAGGCCUUUUUCUGCCUGUGAACGCAUGCGUUAUGUUUACCUCGUUGUUAGCAACAUAAAAGAAUGUCUCUUAGCCUUCCAUUUGUUUUUAUCAACAUGCAAAAGUCUUUCUAGCCACCAAAAUAGUCUGUGAAAAUAUCUUAGUUCCUUACUUAAAGCAAAUGGACAUCGACAAUUUUCAUGACUCAUUAUUAUUCGAGGGUUUUGAAUUGUGGCUCGAUUGAAAUUCUUUUAAUGGCUUUUUAGACUUGUUUUCUCAUAAAAAAUUAUACCGUUUCUUCGAUAUUUCGAGUAGAUGUAAUUUACUCAAUUUACUUUAUAAAAAUUAAGCCAAUAUAUCGGUGUGUAUCUUUAGACCCUGUGUCGCUGAACGUAUUGUAUCUGUUUAUUUUGUAAUAUUGCUCGCGAGUCGUAGAAAACCAGAAUCCAUCUUCCUUUUACCGUUCUUUUUCGUGACCUCACGCAACCACGUGUUCCCAUUUGUCUUAAGUAAACUAGUGAUUGGCUCAUCACUCACGUGACCGUUGCCGUGAACUCUCAUUGGUUCAACACGGAAACCAGUUAAAGAUAGUAAUCACAAGUUUUGGUGGAUUUGGGUCUUCUAAACUAUUAAAAGCAAAGAGUAAGGUUUUUCCUACGCCCUUAGGGCGCUGUCUACCUUGGGUAGAAUCCUUACUAUAAAUCCUUACAGUCAAUCAAAGCUUGCCUUAUGUUUUCACGUGCGCUUUGAUGAUCUUUACUGUAUAACAGUUAAAGUAUUUGUUAGAUUAGCAUUGUGUGAUGUCUGACGUCUUAUUGAUCACGUGGUAGUUAGGUUACCAUAGUAACGAAAUGUAACCCAUGUGGGAUAUGACAAUAAACAAUGUGAUAGUUAUCA